GUACACUAUCAUAAUCUGAGGAGUAAAUGAAGUUUGUUGUGUGUGGAACAACAAAUAACCGCUUAAGUUGGUUUUAUUAAUGUACGAGCGUGACUAGAAUCAUUUUAAAGUGAACAGUCGGCAUGGCAAGAACGUAGGUCUGGAAAAAAAGUAAUAUACAACCAACAAAUCAAACAGCAACAAGAAAAAUCCCACCAAGUUAGCAAAUACGUUUUUGCUGACUAUUUAGAGUUAAGAGAGAAUUAAACGGAAUUUAUUUGUAAAGAAAAGCUUGUCUUACAAUGACAACUGAACCAACAGCCAACCUCUAUCAAGAGGACCUACCCGAUGUGUGUGAAUUAUUAAAAAUUAAAACCCAAAAACUCGCUCGAAAGGAAACCCUAUUAAACACAUUUCCAUUAUUGCGAUGGCUUCCCAAAUACAAGCUAAAAUUUCUUCUUCAAGAUUUUGUUGCUGGCCUAACAGUCGGUCUAACAACAAUACCACAAGCUAUAGCAUAUGGAGUUGUAGCUGGUUUACCACCACAAUAUGGAUUGUAUUCAGCAUUUAUGGGUUGUUUUGUUUAUAUAUUUUUUGGAACAUGUAAAGAUAUAACAGUUGGACCAACAGCAAUAAUGGCAUUAAUGGUUCAACAACAUGCAACUGCAAGUGCAGAUUUUGUAGUUUUAGCAUGUUUUUUGUCAGGAUGUGUGAUACUUUUAAUGGGCAUAUUAAAUAUGGGCUUUCUCAUACAGUUUAUAUCGAUGCCAGUGACAAUUGGAUUUAGUACAGCAGCAGCAUUAACAAUUGGAAGUGGUCAAGUUAAUAAUUUAUUUGGAAUUAAAAAUUCCUCAAAUGCCUUUUUAGCAUCGUGGCAAAAUUUCUUUACAAAUAUUUCACAUGCUAGAUUGUAUGAUAGUUUACUUGGAGUAGGAACACUUAUCUUACUUCUAUGCAUGAGGAAAGUAAAAGACAUAAAGAGUCUCAACAAGUUCGUUACAAAAUACGUGUCACUGUCUCGAAAUGCAUUGGCUGUUAUCAUUGGCGCCGUCUUGGCCUAUUGUCUGACUCAUGAUGGUUAUACACCAUUUAAAUUAUCAGGACAAAUAACACCUGGAUUACCACCAUUUCAAUUGCCACCAUUUAGUACAAAUGUCAAUGGAACAGCAUAUUCGUUUACUGAAAUGAUUGUUGAAUUGGGUUCAUCGGUUGGAUCGAUUCCGUUGAUUGCUAUUUUGGAGAGUAUUGCUAUUGCAAAGACAUUUAGUAAAGGAAAAACAAUUGAUGCUUCUCAGGAAAUGAUUGCACUUGGAUUGUGCAAUGUAAUGGGAUCAUUUGUUUCGUCAAUGCCAACAACUGGAUCAUUUACCAGAACAGCUAUAAAUAAUGCUUCUGGGGUGAAGACAACUCUUGGAGGUGCUAUAACUGGUGGUUUGGUCCUAAUGGCAUUGGCAUUCCUUACAACAACAUUUUACUAUAUUCCAAAAGCAACACUAGCUGCUAUUAUAAUAGCAGCUAUGAUAUUCAUGGUGGAAGUUGAAAAGAUACAUGAUCUUUGGAAGGCUAAAAAAAUCGAUUUUAUACCAUUUUUGGUAACAUUGUUGUGUUGUUUAUUUUGGAGUCUUGAAUAUGGAAUACUUUGUGGUGUUGCAUUGAAUCUUGUAUUUGUUUUGUAUGCAAGUGCUAGACCAAAAAUUACAAUUUCUGUUCAAAAGAUAAGCGGUGUUGAAGUGGCUGUUGUACAGGUAUUUUCAAAUCUCAAGUAUUCAUCGGCCGAGUACUUACGAUCCAAAGUGAUAAAAUUUGUGAAUGAACAAUUUGGUCGUGUGGCUGUUGUCAUAAUUAGUGGUGAGGAGAUUUUUUCUAUUGAUUCAACAGUAGCUGUGAAUAUUCUUUCUAUGAAAGAAGAGUUAUCAAUGAUUGGUUGUGAAUUAAUUUGUUGGAAAUGGAAUUAUUGUGCAGCUGGAGUUGUUUGUCGUUUAAAGCCAGAAGCUCAGAGUAUGUUUAAGUUUACAGAAACAAAAGAAGAAGUUAUUCUUGAUCAAAUGAGAUCACAAAAUGGUAAUAGUACAGCAAUAGCAACAAAUCAAGUUCCUUAAAAAACAAAAAAAUAGCUUUAAAAAAGACUGUAAAUAUUGUUGAUGGUGGUAUUUAAGUUAUUUUAUAAAAAUAAAUUUAAUAAAUGAAAAAAAA